AUGGCUCCCGCCCGCAAGAGGACCACCAACAUCGCGCGUCGCAGGCGGACAGAUGACGAGGAUGAGAGCCAGUCAGUGGCGACCCUUGCCGACGACUCGCAGAGCGACGCUUCCCUGCUGAGCGAUGUCGACGAGGACGCCGACGCCGACAACAGCGACCUGAGCGAAGUCGAUAGCGCGCCCUCCCUCACACAAGGAAAGCCCAAGCGGAAAGCAAACGGGGCGCGUGAUGCAAAGGCCCGGCAGGAUGCAAGCAAUCGCCAAUCAUCGCCGCCCAUCGCCCGCUCCGAUGUGGCCUUCUCCACCAUGAAGGAAACGGAGAUCAUGAUGAAUGGCCUGAAGAUUGGCGAGGACGGAAAGGAGGCGGAAGUGGUCGACUUCGAGACGGGCGUGGCAGCAGUGGAAGCCGCACCCGCCGUUGGUGCGCCGCAAUCGCGGGCAGAGACGCUGGCGGAGCGGCGGCGGCGGGAGCAUGAGGAGUACAAGAAGAAGCGCGACUCGGAUCCCGCCUUCAUCCCCAACCGCGGCGCCUUCUUCAUGCACGACUCACGGCAUGCUCCCGGCCAGAAUGGCUUCAGGCCCGCAGGCCGUGGGCGUGGGCGGGGUGCUCCCAUCGGCGGGCCCUUUUCCCCAGCCAAGUACGUACAGACCCGGAGAGCAAGAAGGAGACGUUCAACUAACACAUGUUCUAGCAUGCGGCCGCAGCCACAGGAAGCCACGGAUUCCCCCUGGCAGCACGACCUGCACGAGACAGUCAACGCGCCCGGCUCUCACGCUCACGCCGGACACCAUCCUUCCAAUGGUCCCAUGUUCGCAUCGAGAGUGCCGCCAGGUCCUAGCCAAAAGCCACCGCCAGCUCGCAACUUCUCCACCACGACGCAUACGCACAAUGCCAUGGUACGCGUCUUCCUGCCGAACAUGAAGGGCCCUAUACACUUCCAGAACGUCCCCAUAAAGUCGCACACUCGUCUGCCCAACCACCGGCCACCCCUCCGCCGCGACAAGCCAGUCCGCAUAUCCCUACCUCCGGCUCCACCGCGUUAUAUCUUCCCCACCACAGAGCGCUCGUUCAUUUUCAUCCCAAGGGCCCUUCGACCCAACCAGCAAGGCUUCGGCCGGGGUCGCGGUCGAUUUGGAUCCUUUGGCGGAGGCUUCUCAAGCAGACGGACAAGCGCGUACGGAGGCAGUGUAUACUCGCCAAGUGUAGCCAUGAGCAGGCGGUCGUCUAUUGCACGCGAGAUGGGCCGGGACAAUCUCGUCUCUCCGGCUGGUUCCAUCAUGUCACGUAACGGUGGCUUCGUUGAUCCCAGUCGUCCUGUCGUGCGCCUCCCGCCUGGCGGCCCUCGGAUGCCCAAUGGACCGUCCAUGAUCUCGCCCACGAACGGCGCUGUGCAGCCACCUUACCCUCUUCCACAGAAGCCUACCUACCGGGAGAACUGGCAGGGUUCACUUCCGAUGCACCAGCCCCGCCCGCAGAAGACUGUCUCUGUUGCUGGUAUCGAAUCGCCUGCAUCUAUGAGCUUCAACCCCCCGCAACAACAAGAGCAGCAACCCUUCCAUCAGCAAGUUCCCGCGCACAUCAAUGGAGCUGCUCCUGCGGUCGAGCAGCCAUACUAUCAGCAUGGACGUCACCCUUCGUACCCAAGCCAAGUGUCAACCGGCACACCCAACAUUCCCGAACGAGCCAUCCACGCUCCCGCAUUCCAGCCUUACGCGCAGCCUGGCUUCCAGCCACAAGCCUUUGUGCCACAGGGAUACUACUAUCCUCAAAACGGCGCCCAGCCCCAAUACAUGGCUCCUGCCGGCAUGGUGCCAAUGUUCGUUCCUGGUGCCCAGCAGCCUGGCUAUGUCAUGCCGGUGUCUGCUCCUCCUCCUCCUCCCGCGGCUCCACCAGCACCUGCUGGCCCUCCCAACAUGGUGGCUUACGAGCAAAACGGCAUGACAUACUACGUGGAUUCCGCCCAGCUUUACCCCGCGCCGCCCGUAGAGAACUAUGCUCAGCCUAGCUAUGCCGUUCCUGGGAUGGGAGGCAUGAUGACACCUGGUCCGGACGGCGCCUACUACUACCCACAGCAAAUGCAGCCCGCGACAUUCUACCCGCAACAAUAG